CUACAUAAGCACCGAUCAUUUGCAGCCCUUGUUAAACCAUUUCAUCUCUGCUCUUCUCUAUUUCAGAGCGCUCAUUUUCUCAAAAAUUUAUAAUAAUAAUAAAAGAAAAAGGAAACAAAUUUAAAGCAGUUUGUUUGUUUGUUCUCUCUUCCAAAUUCCAAAUCUUCUUCACCCGAAAAGAAAAACAUUUCUUUUUCUUUUUCUUUUUUUGAUAUAGGGAAAAGAAAACAUUUCACCUCCGUACUCCGCCGCACAAUCGCCGGUCAGAAAUAUUGUCGGGUCCUCUGUUGACGAGGCUCCGGCGUAUCAACGCCGUCUCAGGCAGAUGGCGUCAUUUCAUACCUUCACGUAUUACCUCUCGGAGCAUCCUUCUAUCGUCGGCUUCCGGUGGAGCCCCUCCCAAUCCUGGGGUUCCACCUGGUUAUUCCUCUUCUCUUCAAUCGCCCUUUAUAUUGCCACCGCCGUUAUUCUUCAUGUUUUCCUCCUGCUCCUUUUACGCCGAAGCCGGGCAGUUCCUCUCGGCCCCCUGCCAGCGGUCCACUCCCUCUCAAUGGCCCUCAUCUCGGCCACCAUCUUCGCCGGCAUCCUCCUAUCCGCAUCCGCAGAGAUCCGGGAUACACGGUGGUCUUGGCGCCGCUCCCGCACCACACCCUUCCAGUGGCUCCUCUGCUUCCCCCUCGGAACGCGCCCCUCCGGACGCGUCUUCUUCUGGUCCUACAUCUACUACCUCUCGCGCUUCCUCCACGCGAUUCGGACAUUCAUCACCAUUCUCCGUUACCGAAACCUCUCCUCCUUCAAAUUGUUCAACCACUCGAUAUUGAUAUUCAUGUCGUUUCUCUGGCUGGAAUUCUCGCAAUCGUUCCAAGUGCUGGCGAUUCUGUUGACGUCGCUGGUAUACUCCGUCGUGUACGGCUACAGAUUUUGGACGGCGAUCGGGCUGCCGAGGGCGUGUUUCCCGUUCGUCGUCAACUGCCAGAUGGUUCUGCUGAGCUGCAAUCUGGUGUGCCACGUUGGGGUGCUCCUGCUGCACUUUAUUAAGGGCGGCUGCAAUGGGAUUGGCGCGUGGGUUUUCAACUCCGUCCUCAACGGAGCAAUUCUCUUUCUCUUCUUGAAUUUCUACGUCAGAAUGCAUCUCAAAAAACGAAAGGCCGGAGCCAGCGCCACCGCCGCCGCCGGUGAUGAUAGGCGUUAUGUGGCUGAAAAGUUGGAGCUGAUCAAAGACAAAGAAGGUUGAUCUCCUUUUCUUUUUUGGGGGGUCCUUUUCCUGUAUAUUUUUUGUUUGUAGUAAAUUACAACUAAUUUUUUCUUUUUUUUUUAAAAGCAAAAUUAAUUUCUAAGUAUGUUCGCAAUACAUAAAAAGAAUCAUUUAUAUUUGUCCUAGGGAUAAUUAUAUUUA